AUGAGCCGGACGAAGAAGAGCGCGCGUCAUGCCAAGCGCAGCGCGGACAGCGCUCUCGCUGGACCUGAGAAGAAACAGAGGAAGAAAGAAGCUACAAAGCAGAGGCCAGAUGGGGACGUUACUGUGGAGCAGGGAAGCUUGCAGUGGGCGGAAAAUGCGCUGACGAAGCUCCUGGGAGGCAUGUCAUUGGAUACUUUUCAGUCCGAGUACUUUGAGAAGAAACCGCUACAUGUCCGCCGGAAAGACAAGGGCGAGCUGUUUGCGGACAGCCUUUUUUCACGCAACCAGACGCUUGAGGUCAUGGCGAAGGAGCUGCCGAACAUGAAGUUUGGGAACGAUCUGACGGUCUGUCGAUACGUCAAUUGCGAGCGCGAGAAUUUUGACGGGGAGGACAGUAAUGGAAACGCGACAAGUCAAGAGGUGGAUCGUCUACUUGACAGAGGCUUUAGCUGCCAGUUUUACCAGCCGCAACGGUAUGUCGAUGGACUGUACGAGAUCAACGCAGCCUUUGAGGAGGUGUUUGGUUGCCUGGCGGGUGCCAGCGCGUACUUGACGCCGGCUAACUCACAGGCGCUGGCGCCGCAUUACGAUGAUGUGGAAGUAUUUGUGCUGCAAACACAGGGUCGAAAGAAGUGGCAGCUUUACCGUCCGCUCGUUGAACUUGCAGGCGAACAUAGCUCGGACCUUGCGGUCGAUAAGAUUGGUGAGCCGUGGAUGCAGCUGACUGUCGAGGAAGGUGACGUGCUCUACUUUCCGCGUGGCGUUAUACACCAGGCGUGUACCGAUGAGGAAGAGUUCUCUACGCAUGUGACCAUCUCUGUGUACCAACACAACACAUGGGCUAAUUUCUUGGAGGUCGCGCUACCCCGCGUCAUUCGCCAAGCUUUUGACUCGGACGUUGAAUUCCGUAAGGGACUGCCGAUGAGGUACCUCAGCUACAUCGGAACACAAUUUUCACCUGAUGUGGCGAAAGCGAAGGAGUUUACAGCAACAUGCAAAAAACUAGUUGUCCAGCUUGCUGCGCAUGUAGACGAAAAGGACUUGCAGAAGGCUGCUGAUGAGGCUGCAUUGGACGUUCUGGCCAACCGACUUCCGCCACCAGGGACGAAGACGAAUGACGCGGCAGGCCUUAGUCCGCUAGACGAGAAUGUCAGCAUUCGCUUUAAAAACCGCUCGCACAUUCGUUUGUCGAUGGGUGAGGAUGAGAUGAAGGAGGCAUUUGUUGCAGUCUACUACUCGCAGCACAAUUGCAGGCGGCACCACAUGGGCUUUUGCACAUGCGACAGCGGGGAAGAAGACGAGGAGAAUUGUGAUGCUGAGGAAGGUGAUGCAGAGAGUAGCAAUGCCGACGCAGAUCAGGAUGAGCAUGGCGAUAGCGAAGAGGAAGACGACCCGAGCGCAGGUUUGGGGCAAAUGUCUGCUCAGCCGAAAAGCGUCGUAUUUCCGGGAGAGCUUGCACCUGCGCUCAUGAAGUUGUACUCGUCGUCCGCAUCCAAUAGGCAUGGUGCGCUGAUUGACGAGUUGGUGGAAGCAAUCAGCGAUGAGACAGCAGUACGCGGAAUGCUCCUCCGUCUGUGGUCCGAGGGCCUCGUGGACGUUCUCAUGCAAUCGCAAUCGACAACUAAGCGGAGAUAA